GAUGGAGGGAGAUUCUGUUAUUCUACACACUGAUAUUACUGAAAUACAGACAGAAGAUGAGAUCGAGUGGAGGUUUGAAAAGAUCCGCAUCGCCAGAAUCAAGAGAUCACGCAACAUCAACCCUACAUAUGAAGAUAAAUAUAACAAGACUCAGAUAUUUAAAGACAGACUAAAGAUGAACAAUCAGACUGGAGAUCUCACCAUCAUAAACAUCAGAUCUGAACACACUGGACUUUAUCAACUAUAUAUUAAUAUAGGAAAUCAAGAGACAGUCAAGAGAUUCAGUGUUACUGUUUAUGUUUCUUCUUCUGUCAGCAUCACUGAGUCAACACAAAAUCCAUCAAAUCCAUCAGUUAUAUCAGAAGAUCUUCAUACUUCAUCAGGAGGACUUCACACAGUUCAUAUAGUUGUAAUCUCUUGUGCUGCUGCUGCUGCUGGAUCUCUGAUGACUCUAGCUUCAGUUCUGAUCUUCUGGAUUUACAGGAAACCAAAAAACACACAACAACAGGAUCGGACCGGUGAAGAUGAGAUCACUUAUGCUGAUACAUUCUACAAACGAAACACACAGACAAAGAGAGUUAAAGGUGAAGAUGAUGUGGUGUAUGCAGGUGUCUUCAGGUGUUGACACUAUAUAUAUCACAUACAUUAUAUAAAUAUAUAUAACCAAAAAUGCUCCCCCAUUGACUUCCAUAGUAUUCUUUUUCUUAAAAACACUCCUCAAAAUAUUUUCCUUCUUGUUUAUCAGAACAAAUACAUUUAGACAGGUUUGUAACAACAUGAUUACACAAACUUUCAUUUUUGGGUGAACUAUCCCUUUAAGAUUUGAGUGUUCACAUUAUCAGUUAUGUUGUUUGGGCUGCCAAUAUUGAUUUUGUCUAGUCUGUGGUGACAUAAUGGCUAUAAACAGCCAUGUGUAAAAAUUACUUUCUUUAUGUGGUCAUUGAAAGUCAUUUGAAAAAAAUAAUAGAACUAUAGCAUAUAACUUGAACAAACAGACUGUCCUCCAAAAAUUAAAUCAUAUAGUUCAUUUAUAGUUCAUUUGUGCAAGCACCAUGAUACAACAUCAACGGAUGUAUAAGCGAUUAGUGCCCUCUAGCGGCCAAAGCUUAUACGACCUGUGGUUACGUUUUAAGGGUUUUUUACCUUAUACGUCAGAUUAGACGCAUUUUAUAUUCUGCAUUUGAAAAUGUAGAAAUAGUUUCAUAAACAUUUAUGGUUUUAAAGAUAUUUUGGACCCUUACCCUAAAUCCAACCAUAUAAAACACAACACUCAAGUAUAGUCACUGGUAUAGCAUAAAUUGACAAAAAACAACAAUACAAAAAUAUUACAAACAAUUCGCGUUGCAACCCAUGCGAACUGAAGCCAUACGAUCACUUUAUAUGAAGAAAUCCAUAAAUGCAAUGCAAACAGUCACAUUCAAAUAUAAACAGGAACA